CACCCCCUAUCGGAUUCCCGCUACUUUGACUGUUUGAACCCUUGUGGCUAGUUAUCCUAAUCAAUCUGGUCCACCCUUCAUCAUCAUGGAACUCUCUCCCUCGGCAGAGGAUGAUUUCGUCUUCGUAAAUGUCUCGCAUCCCGACGAAGUCAAGUCUGCGUCAACGCAGCGCACCAUCCGGCGCCGUGUCAUGCGCGACAUUGGGAGAUCGCGUCGUCGCACCCGUCCGGGGCAACGAACUUGGCCCGUCACCCUAAGAGCCCUUUCAAAGCCAGUGACAGAGCACAUCCCAGUGUCGAUUGACCCAUGCAAUACGACGUUCUAUCCUGGCGCUAUGAGCGACCGAGCGCUACAGCUCAUGCACUUCAUGACUACCGACCGCGACUACGUGUUUCGUCCCUUUCGGACGGUAUGGUUCUCCAUGGCAUUAACUGACACCACUGCCGUUCUUGUGGCCUUGGCCAAUGCUGCCAUGUUUCUUGAUCAACGUUUGCGGGCCCAGUCGUACAGGUACGAGACUAGUGCAGAGUGUCUAAGUUACUACGGUCAGUGCGUCCGGCAGGUCACGCACCGGCUAGCGAAUACUCAUGAGAGACUCAGCCAAGGGGUCAUCACGGCUAUAUUGGGCCUGACCUGUCACGAUCUCUAUGUGGGUACGCUGGAUCGCUGGAAAAUCCAUAUUAGUGGCCUGGGACGUAUCAUCCACUUGAGGGGUGGAUACCGGGGCCUAGAUGAUAGUAUUACGCGCUUCGCUAUUUGGCUCGACGUUGUGGGUAGCGUGAUGGAAGACACCCGGCCCCGGUUGCCUACUCCGCCGGGAUUCGGAUCCCAAGUCCCUAAUAUUCUGUCUCCCACCCUGAGAAAACUUCUAGAGGACCUUGCUGCAAGAUAUGAUUACUUCAGCGACAUGGCAACAGCCUUCAGUUAUGCGAACUUCCUUGUUCAACACACGGACGGGUCCCUUCGUCGUUCUGAGACAGUCUGGCUAAACGAGGAUAACCUCACUGUAAUUGAACUGUUUGGCCCAGCCACACAUUUCCUACUUUCCAUGUCGAGGCCGACCGAGAUAAAUCCUAGCGCAACAGACAUCCCAGUUCUACAGCUACGCGAAGCACUCCGGCUGGUGCUGUUACUAUUCCUUGGCACAUUGAAACAAGCGGUCUUCCUUUUUACCGCCCACGAAUGCGAAUACCUGCGGUGCAAGUUGUCGACGCUCAUAUUGCAGAUGGAGAAGGCCAACUACGACGACUCAUUUCUGAAACUGUAUCUCUGGGUCAUUGUAACAAUGUCUCGACUCUCUCAUUCUAUCCAGUCAUCGAUGUACCUUGACGAUAUCAGUGCUGUUCUGAACCUCCUAGGCAUGGAUAGCAAGGAAGGCCUAGAUCUGGUCAGAAGUAUCCUGUCCAUUGACAUUCUGGAUGGCUAUCUACCUUUUCUCUCAGCGCUAGAGACCUCAGGUUCAUAACCAUAACCAUCGCACUUUAGCCACCUACAAUUCCACCACUGACGGAAAUGACCUGUCCGGAGAUCCAGCGACUCUUUUCUGAGCACAACAACAGUACUGCAUCCGCAAUAUCCUGCACAGUUCCCAGUCGUUCCUCGACUCGGCUCAUUGGCACCAACGUCUUGUUGAUCUUUUCUGCCACCUGCGGCGGCAAACCAUCUGUAUCUACCGGACCGGGGGAAACUGUGUUGAUGGUGAUGCCGCCAUGAUUGCGACCAAGCUAUGCACCAAUUAGUACACUCCUUAUGCGAGAUCUCAACCACGUCUUCAGCUUACCUCCAUCGCAAGGGAAAACGUCAGCGCAUCCAUCGCCGCCUUUGAAGCACUAUAGACCGGCGAUCCUGAGAUACCCAACUUGGACGCCACCGAGCCGAUGUUGAUGACCCGACUUCGUGGCGGCAUGUGCUUCACUGCUUCCUGU